GUAACCAGCCUGUUUUAUGAUGUACCAAAAUCCAAGGGGGACGAGUCCUACGAAAAGAAUGUACGCAUGUUCCAUUAUCAGAUGCAGUUCUAUGAUCGUGAACUCAGCAAGAGAGGACUGUUUUUCGGAGGUUCACAGCCAUGCAAUGUGGAUUUUAUGAUAUGGCCUUGGUUUGAGCGAUUAGGAGUGAUGACAGUCGUUUCUCCGGAGUCAGCCAUUACUGUUGAUAAAUAUCCUAACCUGGCACCGUGGCAGGACAGAAUGUACUCUUUGCCUUGUGUGAAGGACACCUAUGUUAAACCAGAAGACCACAUACACUUCUUCACAACCUUACGACAGGGAAAACCAGACUAUGAUUAUGGAUCAUAACACGAUCUUACGACAGGGAAAACCAGACUUACGACAGGGAAACCCAGACUGUGAUUAUGGAUCAUAACAUGAUCUUACGACAGGGAAACCCAGACUUACGACAGGGAAACCCAGACUAUGAUUAAGGAUCAUAAAACGAUCUUACGACAGGGAAACCCAGACUUACGACAGGGAAACCCAGACUAUGAUUAAGGAUCAUAAAACGAUCUUACGACAGGGAAACCCAGACUGUGAUUAUGUAUCAUAACACGAUCUUACAACAGGGAAACCCAGACUGUGAUUAUGUAUCAUAACACGAUCUUACGACAGGGAAACCCAGACUGUGAUUAUGUAUCAUAACACGAUCUUACGACAGGGAAACCAGACUGUGAUUAUGUAUCAUAACACGAUCUUACGACAGGGAAACCAGACUGUGAUUAUGUAUCAUAACACGAUCUUACGACAGGGAAACCCAGACUGUGAUUAUGUAUCAUAACACGAUCUUACGACAGGGAAACCAGACUAUGAUUAUGGAUCAUAACACGAUCUUACGACAGGGAAACCAGACUGUGAUUAUGUAUCAUAACACGAUCUUACGACAGGGAAACCAGACUGUGAUUAUGUAUCAUAACACGAUCUUACGACAGGGAAACCAGACUGUGAUUAUGUAUCAUAACACGAUCUUAUGACAGGGAAACCCAGACUGUGAUUAUGUAUCAUAACACAAUCUUACGACAGGGAAACCAGACUAUGAUUAUGGAUCAUAACACGAUCUUACGACAGGGAAACCAGACUGUGAUUAUGUAUCAUAACACGCUCUUACGACAGGGAAACCAGACUGUGAUUAUGUAUCAUAACACGAUCUUACGACAGGGAAACCAGACUGUGAUUAUGUAUCAUAACACGAUCUUACGACAGGGAAACCCAGACUGUGAUUAUGUAUCAUAACACAAUCUUACGACAGGGAAACCAGACUAUGAUUAUGGAUCAUAACAUGAUCUUACGACAGGGAAACCAGACUAUGAUUAUGUAUCAUAACACGAUCUUACGACAGGGAAACCAGACUAUGAUUAUGUAUCAUAACACGAUCUUACGACAGGGAACCCAGACUUACGACAGGGAAAACCAGACUAUGAUUAUGGAUCAUAACAUGAUCUUACGACAGGGAAACCAGACUAUGAUUAUGUAUCAUAACAUGAUCUUACGACAGGGAAACCAGACUAUGAUUAUGGAUCAUUUGACCUGAGCUUAUAUGUUUUAAUCAGAAACAAUUGCUGAUGUAAAUUGAACAAAGAUUAAGGAUUACUGAUGGAAAUUGAACAAAGAUUAAGGAUUACUGAAUUACUGAUGGAAAUUCAGUUUAAAAAAAUGGAAUUGAAAAAACAAUUUGAUUGCUGCUGGAGAAGAUUAUCAUCACAGACCAGUGGAUUAUUGUCAGUGUAAAAGAAAAAACAAAGAUUUAAGUUCUGCAAGAUGUAUUGGGAUCAAGUAUAGGAGUAGAGAACCUUUCCUUGCAACAUACCUCGGCUUUAUCAAUUAUACUAAACAAUAUAGAAGGUUUCAAACUGGAUACAUUUCACACAAGAAAUGUCCAUUGAAUGAUUUCCUUAAGAGUAUGGAAUUAGGAGACAUUUGGAGAAAGUCUUAGAUCAUUGCUGAAAAUACUAAGUAAAGUUAUCUUUGUCAUGUUUUCAUUUCAAUAAACAAUAGUUUUAUAUUUUA